GAGGUAACAACCAUCGAGGUAAGGCAAGUUUUAUUUUUGUGCUCAAGUUGAACAUUCAUAUUGCUAGGAAUUUAGAAAAAAAAUCCUGGCUUGUACCUCUUUUGGAAAGAUUGAUGAGUUGUGUUUUCAAGAUGUUUUCAAGAAUGUUCAUCCCAUUGUUGGUCGGGCUACUUGCUGCAUCAACAGAAGCAAACUUAGCGGCAGCUCCAGAGCCAGAAUGUGCCGAAGGCAUGCUCCUUGAUACUUGUGGCGCACCUUGCCCUGAGCCAUCAUGCAGCAACCCACAGCCAAUAUUUUGCAGAGCGGCUUGUCUGAACAUACCAAAAUGCAUCUGUGAUCGAAAUAAUGGAUAUGUCCGGGAUGAGAACGGUGACUGUAUUCAAGUAGAACAAUGUCCACCAAAAUGUGCUGAAGGCAUGGUUCUUGAUACUUGUGGUGCACCUUGUCCUGAGCCAUCAUGCAGCAACCCACAGCCAAUAUUUUGUAGAGCGGCUUGUCAGAACAUACCAAAAUGCAUCUGUGAUCGAAAAAAUGGAUAUGUCCGGGAUGAGAACGGUGACUGUAUUCAAGUAGAACAAUGUCCACCAAGUUGUGGCGAGAACGAGGUCUUCUCUAACUGUGAUUCCAUUUGUCGGAGAACCUGUGAAAAUAAAAAUUUAAACUUAGCCUGCAAAGCUCCUUGUUCUCCUGGAUGUGUCUGUGACGAAGCCAGAGGGUUUAUCCGCGAUCGCAAUGAAAACGGCCAAUGCAUUCUAGAAUCACAAUGUCCACCUGUUUGUGGAGAGAACGAGUCUCCUGGAUGCGAAGCCUGUCAGAAGACGUGUGAAAAUAAGAACCAAAAACUCCCAUGUCCUCUGAAUUGUGAAGAAUCAUGUGUUUGUGAUGACGGAUAUGUCCGCGAUGGAAACGGUCGAUGUGUUCUGGAAGCAGAAUGUCCAGAUCCAGAUUGUGGGGAGAAUGAAUCCUACACAUCCUGUGGCUCAGCUUGUCCAAAAACUUGUGAGAAUAAAGAUGAGGAACAGUUCUGCAUUACUCUUUGUGUUGAAGGAUGUUUCUGUGACGAUGGGUUCUUACGCGAUGAAAACGGUCGAUGUGUUCUGGAAAGUGAAUGUCCAUCAACAAAUUGUGGGGAGAAUGAAUCCUACACAUCCUGUGGCUCAGCCUGUCCAAAAACUUGUGAGAAUAAAGAAGAGGAACAGUUCUGCAUUACUCUUUGUGUUGAAGGAUGUUUCUGUGACGAUGGGUUCUUACGCGAUGAAAACGGUCGAUGUGUUCUGGAAAGUGAAUGCCCAUCGACAAAUUGUGGGGAGAACGAAUCCUUCACAUCCUGUGGCUCAGCCUGUCCAAAAUCUUGUGAGAAUAAAGAUGAGGAACAGUUCUGCAUUACUCUUUGUGUUGAAGGAUGUUUCUGUGACGAUGGUUUCUUACGCGAUGAAAACGGUCGAUGUGUUCUGGAAAGUGAAUGUCCAUCGACAAGCUGUGGGGAGAAUGAAUCCUACACAUCCUGUGGAUCAGCAUGUCCAAAAUCUUGUGAGAAUAAAGAUGAGGAACAGUUCUGCAUUACUCUUUGUGUUGAAGGAUGUUUCUGUGAUGAUGGUUUCUUACGCGAUGAAAACGGUCGAUGUGUUCUGGAAAGUGAAUGUCCAUCAACAAGCUGUGGGGAGAACGAAUCCUUCACAUCAUGUGGAUCAGCAUGUCCAAAAACUUGUGAGAAUAAAGAUAAUGAACAGUUCUGCAUUACUCUUUGUGUUAAAGGAUGUUUCUGUGACAAUGGUUUCUUACGUGAUGAAAACGGUCAAUGUGUUCUGGAAAGUGAAUGCCCAUCAACAAGCUGUGGGGAGAAUGAAUCCUACACAUCCUGUGGAUCAGCCUGUCCAAAAACUUGUGAGAAUAAAGAUGAGGAACAGUUCUGCAUUACUCUUUGUGUUCAAGGAUGUUUCUGUGAUGAUGGUUUCUUACGCGAUGAAAACGGUCGAUGUGUUCUGGAAAGUGAAUGUCCAUCAACAAGCUGUGGGGAGAAUGAAUCCUACACAUCCUGUGGAUCAGCCUGUCCAAAAACUUGUGAGAAUAAAGAUGAGGAACAGUUCUGCAUUACUCUUUGUGUUGAAGGAUGUUUCUGUGACGAUGGUUUCUUACGCGAUGAAAACGGUCGAUGUGUUCUGGAAAGUGAAUGUCCAUCAACAAAUUGUGGGGAGAAUGAAUCCUACACAUCCUGUGGCUCAGCUUGUCCAAAAACUUGUGAGAAUAAAGAUGAGGAACAGUUCUGCAUUACUCUUUGUGUUGAAGGAUGUUUCUGUGAUGAUGGUUUCUUACGCGAUGAAAACGGUCGAUGUGUUCUGGAAAGUGAAUGUCCAUCAACAAGCUGUGGGGAGAAUGAAUCCUACACAUCCUGUGGAUCAGCCUGUCCAAAAACUUGUGAGAAUAAAGAUGAGGAACAGUUCUGCAUUACUCUUUGUGUUGAAGGAUGUUUCUGUGACGAUGGGUUCUUACGCGAUGAAAAUGGUCGAUGUGUUCUGGAAAGUGAAUGUCCAUCAACAAAUCCGUGUGGUCCAGGGAUGAUCCUGGAUACAGGAUCUUGCGGAUUAGACUGUGCCGAGCCUGUAUGCGGUGGUGCGGACCAAGAAAUAAAACCAAGAUGCAUCUGUGAUCACGCCAAGGGAUUCAUCCGGGAUCGUGUUAAUGGUCGUUGUAUUCAAGAAAGUCAAUGUCCUUCAACAGCAGGUUGUGGAGCAAAUGAAGUCUUUGACAAUUGCGGGACAGCCUGCCCGAAAACAUGUGACAACCGAAAUGAAUUGAUCCCCUGCACUAAAAAUUGUGUAGUAGGUUGUUUCUGUGAAGAAGGUUAUGUUCGUGAAUCAGUAAAUGGGCCAUGUAUUCCAGAAACAGAGUGCACAUCUGAAUGUCAGGCAAAUGAGGUCUAUGAUCAGUGCGGAACUGCAUGCCCUGAAACAUGUGAUGACAAGCCGCUCUUUUGCACUGAACAAUGUGUGAUAGGAUGUUUCUGUGAGGAUGGCUUUGUCCGUGAGUUAGUAGGUGGUCCAUGUAUCAGCAGAACGGAAUGCCCACCAGAUAACCCUGAUGAUGAUGAUGACGAGGAUGAUGACGAUGAUGAUGACGAUAAUGCUGACAGGCAAUGUGGCGGCAAAGGGGAGUUACGUGAAGGAUGCCCUUGUGGGGAACCGACAUGUGCUGAAAAUAUAGGUCCCAGAGUUCGCUGUGCCAGCGAUUGUCCAACCAAAGUGUGUCUGUGUGACAAUGCUAAUGGUUACGUCAGAGGGCCAGAUGGUGGCUGUGUUCAUCUCACCGACUGCCCACGUAAAUACUCUGUCAUUUUUUCUAUCAUGAGAUUUAAAGCCCCUUCAAAAUCUUAAAAUUUUGAGAAUAGCUCAGAAGAAACUAGGUUUUGUGGUAGGACAUAUAAGAAGCUCCAUUUGCCUGUAAAGAGUUUUCUACAUGAACUAGGAGACCGUUUCUAGGUACUAUGUCAUUUAUUUGGCAAAUCGAAUCUGUGUAGGGAUCGUGUCUUUACCUCUUAGGGUUUGGAAGAUGACAUUAACAGAAGUCAUUACAUAGCUGAAAUUGACUUGAGCUUGUAUUAAGUUAAUAAUUUGUUAUUGUUCAGUGUCACAUUUGGUGUGCAUGCCUAUCCCAGUAAGAAUGAUUUUGGGAGCAUAACACAAAGAUUAACGAUUGAUCAUACGCUUAAUUUUCACGAUUGAUUGUACAUUGUAGUCAAUGCAAUAAAUCGUAAAGAUAUUCUUCAACGAUUGUUAAGUUUUGUGUUACUGGCCCCUUGUUAGCUUUAUGGAUCACAAGGUCAAAGUGAAAGGUCACAACAGCACUAGUGUACCUAAGGGGGGGCAGACUACCCCCCUGACGAGUCACAACUCAUGCAGAGGACGUAUCCCUGCCCCCCCCCCCCUGACGAGUCACAACUGAUACAGGGGACCUUUUUUUUAUGGGGCUUGUCAUUUUUUUUUUCUGGUAAGGAUUCUUUUAUUUUUUGGUUGAAGACCUUUUUUUUUUUUGCUUGUCAAAUUUUUCCGCGGAUGAAAUAUCCUCCAAAAAAUUUGCCCCCCUUCUGGAAAAUCCUAGGUACACCAGUGCACAACAGUAAUUGAGUAUAGAAAAUUGGCCCUUUCUCAGUAUUACCAAAACUUGUUUCAUGGAUCAGUUUCAAACUUUUGUCAUGUAAUCAUAAAGAAAAAAUAAUGAUCUGGGGCCUCUGAACACAAAGCUUAGCAAUCAUCAAAGAACUUUGACUACAAUGUACAAUAAAUUGUGAAAAUCAAUCAUGUGAUCAAUCACUAACCUUUGUGUUAUCGUCUCCAGAUUAGUUUUGUGGAUAUCAGAUGGUCAAAGGGCAUAAAUCAUAGACGUUGUACAAAUCGUUGUACGAAUUUAAAUUUCGCUCAUGGGCAUUUUCACCACAGAUGGACACAGAGGCAAAAAAAUCAAGUUGAUAUUCAUGUCAAAUGCUUUAUGUUUUUUAAUAAAACAAGGCCUGAAGUUUCUGAGACAAAAUUUUUUUCCGACUCUGGCAGCCAUUUUUUGUUUCAAAAUGGCUGCCAAAGUAUGGAUACAAAUUAGUGUUGAAAAUAGUAUAUUGAUACAUAUUUUGUUUUGACAGAUUUUAAAAGAACAGGUUUGAUCAUGAUGUUUUCGCCUGUGAUUUAGCUUGCUAUUAUAACACUCUUUAAAAUCCCACAGAAAGAAACACCAGUAAUUCAUUCAUCUGAUAAAAAAACAUUGAUGAAGUAUGUGAUAUGGUAUGUAAUGUCAGUUACCGAAAACAUGAACUUUUUUUUCUCAUUUCCUGGAAAAGAGGAUAUAUUAUAUGAAACUUGGUAGAUUUCCUCUCUAGGUAACACCCCUCCCUUCUACACC